AAAAACGACAUAAUUUUCAAUAAACGACCUGAUUUUCCAAGUUCCGAUGGCACCCUCAAAAAUAGAAGUCUGUCUCUGCCUCUGUGCGCGUCUUCUUCCUCAUGACAACCACUGCUCUCCGUCUCUCGUUCCAUCCAUCUCCUCACUCACUCGCGCGCGGCGCGUGCCCUCAACGCCAACCUCUCUCCAACUCCCACCUCACCUUCCCAGCACCAACCCCAACCCUACACAGCUCAACGCUCAUUCCAUUCCACCGGUCCCAUCGCCGGCGACAGUCUCCUAUCACUAUGUCAGACUCCGGCCGAUCAAGCUCUCCAGCGGCCCAGCCGCCACCGAAGGAACUCAACGAGGAGUCGGAUUUCGAAACCAUUCUCUCACCCGAUGGUUACAUCUCUAUCUGUGGCUUCGGUUCCCUCCUCUCCGAGAGAAGCGCGAGGAGUACAUUUCCGGACCUGAUCAACUUCCGAGUUGCGUGGUUGAACGGCUUUCGUCGAGCGUAUGCUCACAUGGCUCCCAUUUUCUUCGAGCGUGGCAUUGCCAAGCCUGAAACCAAGGAGAUUGCAAGCUUGAGUGUAGAGCCUUGUGAAGGUGAAAGCCUUAUAGUAACAGUGUUCGAGAUUACAAAAUCAGAGAUUCCAGCUUUUAUCAAGAGGGAACCUGAAUUUCGAUUCCUAGCUGUUCUGCCUGAAACACUUGAUGGGAAGUCAUUUGAUAAUCGAGCGGUACUUUGUGCUCGUUAUAGUGAUGAAGAGUUCUUCAGAGUUAGAUGCAAAGGAAGUAAGGAGAUGUAUUUUCAGCUAUUUGGACGAUAUGGCAUUGAUAAGAUCUGGCGAGAUGAUAUCCUACCUUGUCGCACUUACCUUCGGCAUUGUGUCUUAGCAGCAAAGAAUCUGAGCGAGGUAGCGUACAACAACUUCUUGGAUCACACUUUCCUUGGAGACCGUAAAACGACUAUCCGCGAGUACCUUGCUACAACAGGUUCAGGCAUCAUGGAAGAAGAGCCUCCAGAGUCCCUCAAGACCCGGUAUGGUGGUUAAGGCCCUAUGUUUAGAAAGCCUUGUUACAUUGAUUUGUCAAAAGCAGUACUUUGUAUUUCAAAGAUGCAGAAGGGAUCUAAUGAUGUUGAGUUCACCUCGUGUGUUCC